AUGGCUUUUAUUCUCUUUUUCAGCUCUGCCUUCUCAGGCCCAGUCCAUUCCCAGAAAGAAGAGGAAAUGAAUGAAUUCCAGGACACGGUGACAUUCAAAGAUGUGGCUAUUGAUUUCACUCAGGAAGAGUGGCAGCAAUUGGAUCCAGCUCAAAGGAACCUGUACCGGAAUGUGAUGCUAGAAAACUAUAACAACUUAAUCACAGUGGGAUGUCCAUUCACCAAACCUGAUGUGAUUUUCAAGUUGGAGCAAGAAGAAGAACCAUGGGUCAUGGAGGAAGAAGUGUUAAAGAAAUGCUGUCCAGGAGAAAUAUGGGGGAUGGAUGAGCAGCUGAAAAUUCAGGACAGGCUUUUGACACAACUUGAAGAUAAAUUCACAGAAACACUGACUGAAGAAAAAGUCAAUGAAUGUCAUAAGAAAUUUGCAAAUGCAUUUCCUCUGAACUCAGACUUUUUUCCUUCCAGUCACAGUGUCUAUGAAUAUGACUUAUUUGGAAAGUGUUUAGAACAUAGUAAUUUCAACUAUUAUGAGAGAAUCUUUAUAGGAAGAGAAGACUCCUUCAGUCACAAGGAAAAACUGAUUAAACAUCAUAAAAUUCACAGUAGGGAGCAGUCUUAUGAAUGUAAUGAAUGUGGGAAAGCUUUCAUUAAAAUGUCAAAUCUCAUUAGACAUCAACGAAUCCAUACUGGAGAGAAACCCUAUGCAUGUAAGGAGUGUGGGAAAUCCUUCAGCCAGAAAUCAAAUCUAAUUGAUCAUGAAAAAAUUCAUACUGGAGAGAAACCUUACGAAUGUCAUGAGUGUGGAAAAGCAUUCAGCCAGAAGCAAAGCCUCAUUGCACAUCAGAAAGUUCAUACUGGGGAGAAACCUUAUGCAUGCAAUGAAUGUGAGAAACCCUAUGAAUGUAAUGAAUGUGGAAAAUCUUUCUCUCAAAGCUCAGCCCUUACUGUACAUAUGAGAAGUCAUACUGGUGAGAAACCUUACGAAUGUAAGGAAUGUAGAAAAGCCUUCAGCCACAAGAAGAACUUCAUUACACACCAAAAGAUUCACACUAGAGAGAAACCUUAUGAAUGUAAUGAAUGUGGGAAAGCUUUCAUUCAGAUGUCAAAUCUUGUUAGACACCAGAGAAUUCACACUGGAGAAAAACCCUAUAUAUGUAAGGAAUGUGGCAAAGCCUUUAGCCAGAAAUCAAAUCUCAUUGCUCAUGAAAAAAUUCAUUCUGGAGAGAAACCCUAUGAAUGUAAUGAAUGUGGGAAAGCCUUCAGCCAAAAGCAAAACUUUAUUACACAUCAAAAAGUUCACACUGGAGAGAAACCUUAUGACUGUGAGAAACCCUAUGUAUGUAAUGAAUGUGGAAAAGCUUUCUCUCAAAGAACUUCCCUUAUUGUACACAUGAGAGGUCAUACAGGUGAGAAACCUUAUGAAUGUAACAAAUGUGGAAAAGCCUUCUCCCAAAGUUCCUCCCUUACAAUACAUAUACGAGGUCAUACAGGUGAGAAACCCUUUGACUGUAGUAAAUGUGGAAAAGCCUUUUCCCAAAUCUCAUCUCUUACACUUCACAUGAGAAAACAUACAGGUGAGAAGCCUUAUCAUUGUAAUGAGUGUGGUAAGGCCUUCAGCCAAAAGUCACACCUUGUUAGACACCAGAGAAUUCAUACUUAUUAG